AUGAUCACGGCAUUGAAGACCUUGACCAUCCUUGCUCUCGCCACGUCGGCCUCUGCUGGUGGUGUUGUGAGCGUCAUUGGCGACGCCGAAUCCAUCUGUGGCACGGAUCAAGCCCAACCCGCAAUUGCGUACAAGAACUCCGAUGCCGCCAAGUACAAAGUGGGCCUUGCCACUGCCCGCCUCGGCCUUCGUGGCGGCUAUUGUACUGGCUGGCUGUGGGGUUCGGAAGGUCAUCUUAUGACGAAUAACCACUGCAUUCGAGACGCUUCUACUGCUUCCACGGCAGUCGCUGAGUUCGACGCCGAAUGCGCCACGGUCGACGACCCCAACAACAAAAAGCAACUCGGGUGCAAGGGCGUUUUCGUCUCCAACAGCUCGACGUUCAUCAUCACUGACGUAACUCUUGACUUCACUUUGGUCAAGUUGAACGUCAACCCUGGCAUGAGCCUCACCCAGUACGGGUACUUGCAAGCCCGUGACUCCGACGUGCAGCUCGACGACGCUAUCUACAUCGCUGGCCACCCCAACACGUACCCUCGCCACAUUUCCCAUUUGAACGACGACGGCAAAUUUGCCCGUAUCACCAACACCUCCGUCAAAGGCUGCAGCGCCGACAAUUUGGCAUACAACGUGGACACGCAAGGAGGUAAUUCCGGCUCGCCAAUUCUUGGCCAGCGUGACAACAGGGUCGUUGCCUUGCACAACUGCGGCUCGUGUUCUCAGUUCGGUUUGGGCGCCAACACGGGUAACAAGAUCACCAAGAUCAUCGCCUUCUUGCGUGCCAAGAACUUGCUGCCCAAGGACGCCGUGGCCGGUGGCAACUGCAAAGCUUCGACUGAUUAG